CGGCGUCAACAAGCAAAGCAGCUGCAAAUCUGCAGUCUCGUAGUCGGCACCCCCCCCUUCCAGCAUGCUUCCUGAUGAUUUAAUCCCCCCGAAGCUUGAAAUAUUUUUGGCAACAAUCAAGUUGUAAUCUCACGAUUGAAAAAAUAUGUUUUUGUUUUGCUUCUAGGGACUAGCUAGUUGUGUCGCAAUCAAGCAAGCUUGUCACUGUAUGGUCAGCUAGCACGCUUGCUAACUUCGCCUGACCGCACCUUGAAAUUGCCCGCGUGCCUCCCUAGUAAGCAAGAGAACUCCAGCAAUUCAGGUAUGGCGGUGUCCGCGCGGGGUCUGUACUUCCUGCUGACGCUCUUCCUGGGCAGCUUCUUUGGGAGUGUGUUCAUGCUGGCGCCCGUGCUGCCUCUCAUGCUCCUCUCCCCGGCCUGGUACCGCUGGGUCACCGACCGCAUCGUCGCCACCUGGCUCACCCUGCCCGUGGCUAUGCUGGAGGUGGUGUUUGGGGUGAAGGUGGUGAUUACGGGCGACGGCUUCGUGCCGGGCGAGCGUAGCGUCAUCAUCAUGAACCACCGCACGCGGCUGGACUGGAUGUUCCUGUGGUGCUGCCUGUUGCGCUACAGCUACCUGCGCCUGGAGAAGAUCUGCCUCAAGGCUGCCCUCAAAGCUGUGCCCGGCUUCGGCUGGGCAAUGCAGGUAGCCUCCUUCAUCUUCAUCCACCGGCGCUGGGAGGAAGACCGCACCCACAUGGCCAACAUGCUGCAGUACUUCUGCCACAUCAGAGAGCCCCUGCAGCUCCUGCUCUUUCCUGAGGGGACCGACCUCACUGACAACACCCGGGCGCGGAGCGAUGACUUCGCCGAGAAGAACGGCCUGCCCAAGUUCGAGUUUGUGCUGCACCCCCGCACCACUGGGUUCACCUUCAUCGUCAACAUGCUCCGCGAAGGUGACAACCUGGACGCUGUGCACGACAUCACUGUGGCGUACCCGAAGAACGUCCCCCAGACUGAGCGCCACCUGGUGUUGGGCCUCUUCCCGCGCGAGAUCCACUUCCACGUGCGCCGCUACCCCGUCUCCUCCCUGCCCGCGGGCUCCGAGGCGCUGCAGGCCUGGUGCCAGGACCGCUGGGUCGAGAAGGAGCGGCGCCUCCGCGACUUCUACGGCGGCGAGCCGCGCUGCUUCGACACGCCGGAGGCGCGCGUGCCGCCCUGCAAGACGGAGCUGCGCGUCACGAUCAUCAAGGCCGCCUCGCUGCUCUACUGGAUGACCUUCAUCGUACUCUCCUUCGCCGGCCUCUGGCUCUACACCUCCGUCCGCAUCUACGUGCUGCUCGUGGUGGCCUUCUUCCUGGUCCAGCAGAAGCUGGUGGGUGGGGUGGAACUCAUGGAGAUGGCCUGCCACCGCUAUUGGAUGGGCCGUAGUCAUGGUAGCGCAGGGGUCAAGGCAGAGGUGGGGAAUGGGAUGGAGAGGAAGACUGAGUGAAGACGGGUAUAGGUGGACCCCCACCCUUCAGUGGGUGGGGGGUGUGUGUUUAGGAUGCGUACUCCCAGGAAGUGGUGGCGGGGAGGCGAGUGCCAUUUUUCGCAGAGGUGGAGGGAGUGGGAACAAUCACACGUGCGCCCGCGCUCUCUCUCUCCUCAUGCCAAAGCUCAGACGGAGAGAGCUUUCCCUCCCUCCCUCCCUCCUCCUCGUUCUGUCAAUCACUCUCCUUCGCUCGCUCGCUCACUCACUCGCUCGGGUGCUCAUGUGCUCAUGUGCUGGCUGUCAAACAGAGGGGCGUCCAGGGCUCUGAGCUCUCUUCUGCUUCUGCUCCGUAAGUCAGGAAGGGAAACGGUGAAAGAGUAGAAACGAAUGUGUACGUGGACGGGUUCAUUAACUGGUUCAUUGUCAGGUAUAAAAGCAAAAAUACAGUAAAAGAAGAACCUCACCAAAAGAAGACAUAUUUAAGUAGGGAAUGCUGUUCUACCAUCCAUUGCUGUAUGUGUGUUAGGUGAGUGUGUAUCGUUGUUUGGCAGUUGGGAGGUCACUUGAAGGUCGGCCAACUACCCUCUUCACAACCGCCCCCUCCGCGUCUCUCUCUUCUCUUCUCAGUCUCUCUGUUAUUGUCUUAAAUUAGAGGGAGAAGUCUUUUUUUUCCUUCUUAAAGCCUAGCCUGUCAUUUCAUUCACAUAUAUAAAUUUAUAUUUGCCAGAGUAUACCAUUUUAUAAUCACAGCCAUAUUUUAUAAUGUAUAUUUUUAAAUCCUCAUUGUUUUGUUUACGUGUUUAAUUGUUUGCUUUGUUUGUUUAUUGUUUGGUGUCAUUUCGUGUUUUGUCCUUGAGGAAUCCGAGCCAUAUGUGUGUUGCCAUGCCAACCCUGGACUUGUCAUAAAUCCGAACAUGUAUUGCAACUGUAGCCAAAAUUUAGCGAUGUGUUGGGGAGUCGGAGUUGAGAAACGUCACUCUCGUAGCCUAGCCAUUAGACAUUAGUAGUGCUCGCCAGUCACGUGAUCAGAUCACGGCGCCGUGCCGAUACUCUCCUCUGGAACCUCUUUUCUCUAAACUGUGAUGAGUUUACACAGAGCCCGAUUCACCUUAGCACAGGUGUGCGUGCGUGCGCACACGUUUGUUUGUGUGUGUAUGUAUGUGUUUUUGUACAUUUAUGAAACUACAUCUAAACAUGCUGUUUUUCUAUAGCAGGAGUGUGUAUAUGUUUGAUGCUGGAUUUAAAGCUGUUUAUACUGCUGGUGCAUAUGUGUCUGUGUGUGAGAGUGUGUGCGCGUGCGUGUGUGUGUGUGUGUGUGUGUGUGUGUGUGUGUGUGUGUGUGUGUGUGCGUCUGCCGUGUGUGUGUGUGUGUGUGUCAAACGCAGUUGCUCCACGGCAGUUGCUCUUGCAUGGCUAUUGGAGCUGUUGCAUGGGAACAGAAGAGGCCUACGUAGUGCGCAGACCAACACUGUGUGUGUGUGUGUGAGUGUGAGGCCUUAAGCCCACCACUGCUGACUUAGAGCGCUAACAUGAGACUGGAGAUUAGAAAGGCAUCACCAUCGUAGACUACUCUUGUUCAACUGAAUCACAAUCAGAUGCUGUCCAGAUGACAUCCACCUCUUCAUAACAGAUGUAGUGGGUGUGUGUAUGUUUGUCUGUUUGUCUGUUGUGUGUGUUUGUGUGUUGUGUGUGUACAGGGGGAAACUGGCCUUGGACACUGUGAUUGAGAACUGUAGCUUGCAAACUGGUCAACCUGUACCGAUUACACUAUUCUAAUAGAUUUCGUAAAGCUCAGUUCCAAACUUGAGUUUCACUUUUUGUCUCUCCGUGUUACACUGGAGGUGACCCCUCUUAUCCUCUCAGGUAAAGUCCGUCACUUUCAUGAGCUCUGUACCACUCUGUUCGAGAAGUUUAAAUAAACAUACACUUCUUCCACCA